GCAGCAACAGCGGGGUAACCUCAGCGCCUCUCCCGUAGCCUCGUGCUCUGUUUGCGGCCUCUCCGCGCCAGGGUACCGUACCCAGCUUCUGCGUGAAGAUCAACACAGCCCAACCCACUCCGCUUCCUCCUCCUCCUCUUCCUCCGUAGCCGGGAGCAACAUAGGACCCACGACGUCCCGUUGCUCCAGUCCCGCAAACCCGGGUGGAAGUGACUCGGACGGCAACCUGGUCCGCAGGCAGAGUGUCAUCGCCGGACAACAGGAGCUUACCUGUUUCCAAAGGACAGUGACCUUGUGAUCCACUUGUGCACAACCCAAGAUAAAUCCACCCAGAUGAGACUCUUGGAUGUUGGAGUGACAAAACAGGAGCAAAAACCACCCACAAUCCCUCUGCGUCCUGGGGCAGUGCUGACAAGCUCAAAGAAGUAUGACACUAAACACUUUAAAGUAGGUCCUCACUUUGAUCACCAGGACUAUCAGACAUCAGCAUUAACAGAGUUUCCAUGUCGAAGUCUGCCCAGAUGCCACUGUCCAACAUCACUGUGCCAAAGCCCUCCAUCUCCAGGGUGCCCAGCAGCAUGGAAGGCAUCAACCAUGAGCUGGAGAAAGUCUUCAUCAAAGACAAUGGAGAGAAGGAAGAGCUCAAGUCCCUGGAGGUUCCCGAUGGCCGACGGGCGCCCUUCCCUCCACAGCAGCGCAGCAGCAGCACCCGCAGUGUAGACACCCAGACCCCCUCAGCCCCUGGCCGGUCCAGCAGUUGCUCUAGCCUAUCACCGUGUCCCUCACCGGCCUGCCCUCCAGGAUCACACGAUGGCAGUCCUUACUCCACAGAUGAUCUACUAUAUGACCGAGAUAAAGACAGUGGAAGCAGCUCACCGCUGCCUAAGUUUGCCUCGUCACCCAAACCCAACAACAGCUAUAUGUUCAAGCGUGAGCCGCCAGAGGGCUGUGAGAAGGUCAAAGCUUUUGAAGAGAUAAGCUCUAGGCAGUCCACAUCAGCACCCCUUUUCUCCUGCCCUGACAAAAACAAAGUCAACUUCAUUCCGACGGGUUCUGCCUUCUGUCCCGUCAAACUCCCUGGCGCUUUGCACCUCACCCUGGCCUCAGAGCCCGAGGAGGACCAGGACAACAGGGAAGAAGGCUCUGGCUCUGACCCACAGGGGACAACAUCAUUCUAUGGCGUCCCUACUCAGGUCUCUACGAGCACCAGCACAGACGACCCCCCGGAGGAGCCCGGUUCGCCCUCAGAGACAUCAGAGUGCCAGACAGACAGCCCUGCCAUCAGCUAGACCUGAGCAGAGCUGGCCUCUGUCUCUGGGAUCUACACUAGCGAUUACCGAGCACCACCUCUGACUGUCCCACCAGUACCACCCUCUGCUACACUAGGGGGGCCUCUGUCUCUCUGUGCCCACCGUCUCCGUUACCCUUCUAUCUUUGCAUGACGUAGCAACAAUGUCCAGAAUAUCCACCACAACCAAUAUGAUUUGCUGCCUCACCCUUCUGUCCUGCAUAAUGUGUGAGCUACUGAUGGCAGGAAGAGACCUGACAGUUUAAGGGUUCAUAUGCAGUCAUUGCAAGGAGGAGUGGAGCACUGUGGAUGGGGGAGGGGCAUGCAUUUUAAACUGGUAGUGUAUUUCUGAUGAAAUGUUCUGUUUCAGCAUUCACAGUAUGAAUAAGCUCUCUAAACAUGUAUAUCCACAUAUAGCUCUAUGAAAAGAAAGUGCUUGUUUAAAACUGUCUAUGGCUGUGUUAUGUAUGGAAUAGGAAAGACAACUCUGCUAUUCAGGAUUAUGUUUACACUGUCCAGGUAAAAUUGUUAAGCUCCUGUCUCAAAUAAAUGCAACGAGGAAAACAUUGGAAGAAAAGAAAAAGGAGAAAACGGCCUCAACUGGUUACACAAUGUCAAUAUCCGGCCUUCAGGUAUUUCAUAAUCGGAGUCUAUACUCAGGUAAUUUGGAAUGUAUGUCCAUACAAAGGAGGAUUCCCUGACAUUUAUACCUGCUCAUUUCCAUUCCCACACAUCACGCUUUUUUUAAGACUAGAUCCGGCUGCAAGUUGUGAAGGCCACACACACACACACACACACACACACACACUGUGACUGAUGCCAUUUGUGGAUGUACUGAUGAAAGUGAGCUGGGCAGAGGCUUGUCUGUUAUUUAAGCUUAAUGAUGUGUGAUUUGCUGUGCUGAGCUGGCUGAUGGUAGAGCAAUAGCAGAUGAGAAUGCAGUAGCACUACCUGAAAGUACAAUCAGACAGAAGUAUUUGGUUGUAAACAGGUGCACAGUGGGGUUGAUGUUGUACAAACAUUUCUGCCAGUUUUCUUAACCAGAAGAAGGUAUAAUUUGAGAAAUAAUGAGAAUAAAGUUGGCUUAUAACAGAAUUUGAAGUGUCAUAUAGCAGGAAUCCCCUUUAGCAGUCAUGGAAGCAACAUAUUUUCAAAUCCAGUCUGUCUGUGAUGAAAUAGCUGGUAAUAUUGGCAUUGGAUUGGCAGUUUAAGACUAUUGAAAUGGUAAUUGCAAUUUAUUUUCACCUUUUAUAUUCUGGGUUGCAGUUUGUAAACACGAACUUGCUUUCAUUUAACCCACUGAAAUCUAAUUUCAGCUACAAGAAGGUUUAAGUUUAAUUUUCCACACUUUGACGUUCCACAUUUUUAUUUUAGCAUAUUUAGCACAGUUCAACACGGGGACCUUGCUGUGGAGUGACGGGCCUCUCUACUACACAGAACAUAGCUAAGAGACACAGUAAACAGCUGGAUCAGAACUUGGAAGCCAGAACCGAUUGAUUAUUGGACUUAUGUUUGUCAGAUGGACGCAGACAGAACUUAUAAGUAAUGGACCAUGUCUGCUGAAUGCUAAAUAGGGAGCUGUUUGUUAUAGACAGCAGUGAAGCACUUGUAGCUGCAGAGCUUUGCAGAUGCACGUCUGCUUGUUGUAGGUGUCUGCUGCCACUUGGAGGCAGUGUUAAAUGUGUGGAAAUGUGAACUAUUGCCCUUCGUGCUUGUGUUUGCCUUUGGCUCUGCAUUCCAAAGGAUUUGAGCCCGUUUCAGUCAUGGGCUGUGUAACGUUUCUGUCUUCAUCUCUCUGUUAAAGUGACAGCGUUCUUUUGGAGUGCUGCAGGAGUGACUCCCAAAACCUGUAAACUAGUUUUUCUUCCUCAUGGUGAGCUCUGCGGUGGCUCCCUUUCUGGUUCAAGCCAAGCUUUUAACCAAUCAGCAAUUGACCCUACAGUCCAGAAGCAACUUGCUUUUGGCACGUUGGAGGACUGCAGGUAAGCAUGUUUCAGUAGACCUUGCUUGGUUGAAUUCCCACAAACUUAGUGCAGGCCAAGAGCUACAAAUCACCAGCGAUGAGCCACAUUCAUGGUUAUGGCUAACUUUUCCCUUAACAAGUGGAAAAUAUGUCAGUAGGCUGUUUUGUUGUCCCCAAGUGACCAAAAUUGUAAUCAGAAAAGAAGCACAAGUGCAUGUAAAAGUAAAUCUGAGUAAACAGGUAUUUACUGAUCAUGAUGCCUGGCCUGGGGGCAGCAGCUUUGUCACUGAAAAUAAAUGUCUAUACAACCUUUCCCUUCACUCUGCACUCUGGUUUUCUAAACUUAGACUGUUUUGAUGAAAUGCGUUCCAUGAGAUUUGAGCAUUAGAGGUGAUUAAUUCCUAAAAUAUGUCUGCCAUUUGCUUCUGUACUCACACUUUUGGUUGCAGCUACAGGAGCGCCUUCUGCUGUAUAAUGCAUAGAUGAAAGCAUUACACUGGCCUGCCUCCUAUUCACUGUUAUUAUUGUUAUUAUUAUUAUGGGAUGUUGUCGGCACCCUCAUGCUACUACCAAACUGCAGUACCUUAGCAUCUCAAAUAUUGUGUGCAAUGUUAAACAGACAUCAACAUAGCCAAGUGUAAAUAACCAGUGCAUUUUCAUCUUCCUCAGCAUUUUUUUUUUUUUUUUGGAUAACUGGUGUGUUUGUUGAAUCCCUGCAUUGACGCUCCUUUUGUAUAUAUGUUAUUUUGUAUAUACAUGGCUUUUAAGGAGGCUCAGUGCAAUGUUGUGGUUUUUAAAGACAUUUCAGCACCUUACUAAGAGCUAUAGCUUUCCCAAUGUUCCACAUAUACUUGGAAUUGGUAACCUAGAUGUGUGCAAUAAUAGGAAAAAAUGAAAAAGAAAAGGUGUUGUCCUCUUGUUCUUUGACACAAGCAUCUCAUCUCACAUUCCUUUGGUUUUGAGCAUGAAGGCUGAAUCAGCAAGAAGUUUGUUGUUAAAGCCAUUAAUUGAUACAAAACCAGCACUGACCAGACCACACCUCUGGCAGGUCAGAGUGUUCAUUAGCUCACCACAUGAUCCUCUUUGUGUAACCCACAGUGUCAAAGUUCAUGCACAAUGGCAAUAAAAAAAA